GGUCUAGGGCCAAAGCACCCGAUUCCAUCCUUUAGUUGUUUCCAAUUACUAGCAUGGCUGCUGCACACGACACCAUGUUCAGACUGCUCUAAAUAUUCAGCACACAGCCCAACCCGGAAGUGACCCACCAGCAGAAACGUGCCGUUAAGGUGGCUGUUACGACCCGUCUAGGGGUGGCCAGAUCAUGACAGGAAGGAUCCAUCCCUUCAGAUCCCAAGCAGCCAACACACACAAAGUUAAAUAUUUGAUAAUGUUAUUUAUUUUAAAAAGAUGUAUUUUUGAUUGAGAUGUUACAACAAGUGGAGAAUAUGGCUAAUGCUGAAUGCUAACCCAAACCAAAGGAAACUAUCUGAAUAUUAACCAACUUAACCUAAUUGAAAGUAAAUAAACCAAAUGACAAAAACUUACCUCCCUAAGAAAAACAUGAGAAAACUAAGGAAACAGAACAGCAGCUGAGGAUGGAAGGCAGGAAGUCAGCAGCUUUUAUAUCCGUAUAAAAGCCACCAAUUGGACAUCUCCGUUGUCGCCUUGGAACCAAUCAGAGACAGGCACCUGCACACUCAUCUUUACAUAAGUUAACCACGCCAGUGGUAACAGUGGCUCUGCAGAAAUAUUUACUGAUUAUAUAUAUAUAUAUAUUUAUAUAUAUUUUAUUGACUUAUGGUGAAAACAUUUGAAGACCUGAACAGGAUUCAGCGGGUCGUCCCGUCCUCAAUGUUCCGUUGUAUUGGGAUAGUGAAUUUCCCAGGGUCCUGCUGGGCCGGAGCCGGGGACGUUACUUUUACUAUUAUGUUCUUUUUAUUUUCUUAUUUCUAUAUUUGAACAUCGACCAACAUUGAGGGCGGAGAUCCUGGUGGUGGAGAAAAGGUCAUGCUGUCAGUGUCUUCAGCAUUGAGCAUGCUGAGGUGAGGGACGUUGGCUCGUUGCUGUGGCGUUAGCAAGAAGGCAACAAAAACAUUUUCAAUACGUCCAAAAGCCGGAGGAGAGUUUAGCCUUAAAAACAACCAACCUGAUCCAGAGAGAAGGUCGAGUUCCGAUGGUUCCGUUUGGUUCUGGUUGUACCAAAUCAGCGUUACUCGUUGCAGACUCUCCAUGUCGGAUUCUCAUCUGAAGCCGGACUCCAGAUUUCCCUAACCCUUACUGGUUACCAGUCUGAAGACGUCCGUCCGUCCAGACCAGAGUUUAGUUCCUCUGUAUUCGCUGACAGGAGAUGAAACGUUUGCACUGCAGCUGAGUAACGAUGUUCAUUACCCAGCAGGGCGGGUCGGGGGGGUCGGGGGUGGAGGCAGGAGGGUAACAAGACGCAGCAGCAACUCCACUCUCUGAUUGAAGUAGACGCUAACGAGCUCCAGUGGUCGUCAGGCUGUUGCUCUGUGGAGGGGGCUAGCCCCCCCCCCAGGCCCCUCCGGAUCAGCAGCCAUAUAAGCGGGACGCUGCAGUCUUUGCGGUCCGGUUCGGUUCAGGUUGUUCUGCUGCCGGUCUAUCGGUGGAAACUCUGCAGUUUUGGUUCUGAGCAGCAGGAUGUCAGAGAUUUUUCCCGGGUCCCGUCUGACCUUCCUGCUCAUCUGGCUCCUGGUCCUUCAGUCCUCAGCUUUCCCUCAGCCUCGUCUUCCUCUCAGAAAUACUGAAGAUCCGCAGGAAGCAAAGCGGGACGACUGGGAUCUUCUGUUCCCGUCCAUCUCCCUCCAUGACUGGAACAUCCAGAUGCUGUCGGCGCCGGCGGACAGCAAGGCCGGUCUGAUGGGGGACGCCUGGCUGUUCGCACCGGAGCGUCCGGAGGCCAGCGUCUGGCCGGCGCAGUGGGCGUCAGAAGGGGCCCGGAUGGUGAAGAGGAACAUGGUGGUGGCGGACGACGCCGCCUUCAGGGAGAAGAGCAAACUCCUCACCUCCAUGGAGAGACAGAAGUGGCUCAACUCCUACAUGCAAAAGCUGCUGGUGGUGAACUCCUGAUGUCACCUGGGGCCUCACCUGGGGCCACACCUGGGGCCGUUUGUUGAGUGUUGUAGACGGUGCUUGUUGGUGUGGAGGAGGAGAUGACGUCAAUAAAGACUGCAAAUGUUCUGAUGAAA